AUGCCCGAACACGAACCCAUCGUCUCGCAUGGCCGCGGAGGCCAAGGCAACAUCGGCGCCGACCCCACUCAAUACAUUGACGCCGGCAUCGUCCGCGAAGGCCUCUACGGCGACCAGGGCGACGGCGCCUACUCCGCCGGCCGCGGCGGCGCAGGCAACAUCGGCUCGCCGAACGUGCGCCCCACAUCGAAGAUCCCGCACGACGCGGAGAUGAUCCCCGAGCUGGCGGUGCGCAACUCCACGGACGAGAAUUACCAUGUCGGGCGCGGCGGCCAAGGCAACGUCCAUCUCGACGAGGAGACUCGCAAGGAGAAGGAGGUGAAGAAGAAGCAGCAUAAUCAUCCCGAGGGAUUGGCGGAUAAGCUCAAGCAUAAGAUUUUUGGGCGGUAG